GGACUAACAUCAAACAUUCUUCAGAACAGAGCAGCUGUAAACAGUCUCGGAUACUUUUGACUUCCAACAGGAUAUAAAACUACAGACCGGGAAAAAAAUCACUGCUGCUCAGUUGCGUAGAUUAUCAGCUGAAUUGUUGUUUCUUGUUCGGAGGAGAAAAAAAACUUCUCAGAGAGGUACGCGAUGCAGCACUACGGGGUGAACGGUUACUCUCUGCACGCCAUGAACUCUCUGAGCGCCAUGUACAACCUGCAUCAACAGGCCGCACAGCACGCACAGCACGCGCCCGACUAUCGGCCCUCCGUGCACGCACUUACGCUAGCGGAGAGACUGGCAGACAUCAUCUUGGAGGCGCGCUACGGCUCUCAGCACAGAAAGCAGCGCCGCAGCCGCACAGCCUUCACCGCCCAGCAGCUGGAGGCGCUGGAGAAAACUUUCCAGAAAACUCACUACCCUGAUGUGGUCAUGCGCGAACGUCUGGCCAUGUGCACCAACCUACCUGAAGCUCGAGUACAGGUGAGUUUCCUACAACACCUGAGGACAUCAGCCAAUGGGGUGUGGUUUAAAAACCGCCGUGCGAAGUUCCGUAAGAAGCAGCGCAGCCUGCAGAAAGAGCAGCUUCAGCGGCUGAAGGAUGCUGGGACGGAGGGCACUCAGGAAGAGGGGAAAGAAGAAGCCCCGCCUGUUGAGGCUCAAGCCCCGCCCUCCCCUUCAGAUGGGUGUGGCCCCACGUGCCCCCCUCCCUGUGAAUUGAGUGAAGAGGUGAAUGUCACCUCACCAGAACAGUCAGGGGCGGAGUCAGGGGCUGAGGACAUGACUGACAAAGAGGAUGAAUCACUGUCUAUCAAAGAUGAAAUAAAAGAGGCGGGGCCAACCCUGAUGACAGAUGACAGUUCACCUUCUUGCAAACCAAUCAGCCCUAAAUCAGAUGAGCCGCUCAGUUCUCCAUCUCUUCCCUCUUCCAGUGGCGUCAGUGGCGGUGUGGCUCAGACCAAUUCCUACGCUUCAUCUCCUCUCAGUCUGUUCCGUCUGCAGGAACAGUUUCGCCAGCACAUGGCCGCCACCAACAACCUCAUGCACUAUCCCGCCUUCGACGUGACCGCGCCGUCCUCCUUACCCUACCUGGGCGUGAACGUGAACAUGACGUCUCCUCUGGGAUCCCUGCCGUGUCAACCCUACUACCAGACCCUGUCCCAAGCUCAGCAGAUGUGGAGCAGUCCUCUCCUGCAGGGCUCCGGUGGUCUACCGGCCCUCAACAGCAAAACCACAAGCAUCGAAAACCUGCGUCUGAGGGCCAAGCAGCAUGCUGCAUCACUCGGCUUGGACACGCUACCAAACUGACCACCGAUUCACACAAAUCAAUGCAUUCCUGCCGUCAACGUCUUGUGUUCAGGAUCUACAUCACAUUAGUGUGCUGAAAUCAACAGCUAGCAUGGCGGAGUGGAGAAGUUUGGAUAACUUUUAAGUGUUUCCGUCCGGCUGCAUGGCAGAGGGUUUACUUUUCCAAACGCCCCUGGCUUUGCACUUUGAAAAAAGUAAAAAAGAGCACAUUAGUUCAUUUGUUUCUGUAAAUAAGCUUAUUCUGAUCCACAGCUGUGGUAGAAGGUUAGUGAAGCCUCAUGUUUGUAUAUUUGAAGAGAAAAUGUCUUCACUGUCUGUGGAUGUUAUAAAGGGAUGUAAAGCGGAUGGAUGAAGCCCCUGAAAGACUUCAGACUGAUUCUCCUGACGUCAUGCCAUGUGUUUUGUCGCUUUAGAGUCUAUCGGAUAUCUCUGAAUUGUUUAAAUAAAUGUGAAUAAUUUAUCAGUGAAAUGAAAGGGAAUAAACCACAUAUAUGAA